CAUGGCGGCUACAAUGAUGGAGGACCUCCAUGAACUUUCUAGGGAGUUGGUGAGAGAUAAUUUAGACCUAGCAGAGAAUGUGGAAGCAGGACCUGCUGACCCAGAACAUGUAGCGUGUAAAGCAGAGGAAUUUAUUGAAGUUGUUGGAGUUAUUUCCGCUCUUUCCGACCAAGAUAUUGACCAUAGAGUGACUGCAAAUUUAGAAGAAGUACUCCACCGCUUCUCUGGUAACGUUACCAUGGCGCAACAGGCACAACGCACACAGGGACCAGGGCGUUUGGCGUUUGACAUACCAAGUGCAGUUCUGGAGCAUCAAGUUCUUUGUGGAUUACCAGCUUGUCAAAUUGCAGCGAUGUUCGGGGUGUCAAAGAGGACCAUCAGGAGGCGCAUGAAGCAAAGCGGUUUAAGAAAGACAGACCUCUAUUCAGCUGUGAAUGAUGAGGAGUUGGACCGUAUUGUAAGUGAAGUCCACAGAAGUCAUCCAAACACUGGCUACAAGCUAAUGCGUGGACAUCUGAAUGCAAGAGGUGUGCGUGUUCCAAUCUCAAGACUGCAAGAGUCUUUACACAGAGUCGUUGCAGAGGGAGUCUACAUGAGACGUCUAAGGCUGCGUGUAUUAAGACGACGGCAGUAUUCUGUUCCUGGCCCAAACUCUUUAUGGCAUAUAGAUGGCAACCAUAAGCUCAUCAGGUGGAGAUUUGUUGUCCAUGGUGGAGUGGAUGGAGUCAGUCGUUUAAUGGUCUACCUGACUGUGGCUGGCAAUAACAGAGCUAGUACAGUCUUACAGAGCUUUAUUGCUGCUGUUGAGCAGGGGGGGAGAAUGCAGAUGUAGCAGAAUUCAUGAUCAGGAGCAGAGGUACCGACAGGAACUCGCACAUCACAGGCAGAAGUGUCCACAAUCAGCGAAUAGAGAGAAUGUGGAGAGAUGUUUAUGAACAUGCCCUGGACCUCUUCUAUCAGAUCUUCACUUCAUUGGAAGAUCAGGGAACACUGAAUCCAGACAAUGAAGUCCAUCUUUUCGCACUGCAUCGGAUCUUCCUUCCACUAAUUCAGCAAAGCCUUGACUCUUUCAGAGAUGCUUGGAACUUUCAUGGUCUUAGAACUGAAAGGAAUCAGUCACCGCAGCAACUCUGGAGAAGAUACAGACAGCAAGGCCCUAUGGAGGAUCCUACUGAGGUUUAUGAAGACUAUGGGAUCGACUGGAACGGACCUCACAGUCUUCAUGGAGGCACUGUCUCAGUCCCCGAGGUUCAGCUGGCCUGUGAGCUCUCAGAUGAAGAGGUUGCCAUUUUGCCAGCUCCAGGAGUUUCUGUAACUGAUGCACUUAGAUCAUAUGUAGAGACUGUGCAAAUUUUAUCAAGAAUCAUAGCAGACUGAUGUCCAACCCAUGCUUUUAUUUAGCAUGUUAGAGCAAACAAGCAUAAACUGAAAAAGUUUGCUUUCCUUAAAAAAAAGCUGUUUUACUUUAAAGCUCAUAAUCACUGUUAUGAUCUCGUAAAUGGACUUUAUGUACAGCUCCACUACUUCCUAAACUUAAACACACUCCUUUACUUCCUGUCUCAUUAUUUGCCACAGAAUGAAUGACACGAAUGCUGUUCUGUUAACACUGAAAGAUAAAGAUGCAGAACUGUUUGGUUUCAGUAAAUGGAAACAAUGUUUUGAAUAAAACAAUUGUCAACUACUGCACAGUAUGUUUAAAUGUUUUCAAAGACACCAAACUUGUGUCAAUCGACCUGACAUACUGAACAGUGCAUGCAAUACCAUCUGUCUGAAAAAAACUUAAACAAGUCCAAAUCCAGUCUGUGCACUAUUUAUGGCAGAGACAAGUGCUUUCUCGAAGUCCAUGUAGGUUUUGAAAUGAGCUGGCAGCUUCAGUGUUUCAAAGCAUGUGGAAGACGUAGGAAGGGUUCCCCCAGAAAUCUCCACCUUCAGUUCAGG